AUGGACUUGAGUAACGUUCAAACGGCAAAUAAGGUCUCUGGAAAACAGAAGGAUAUGGAAAAACAGACAGAUUCGCUUUCAACAAACGGCAAAAAAGUCUCUUCUUCGGAUUCGAAUGCCGAAAUGAAAAAAGGUGUUGGAAAAGAGCUUCCAUCGGCGGCGUCAAACACCGCUUCAACAGCUCUUGCGGCCACUUCAGUCCAUGAUGGAGCAACAUCGCAAAAUACUUCUGCGUUAUCAAAGAAUAAGAAGAAAAAACUGAAGAAGCAAAUGGCGAAAAAAAAUUCGGAAGCGCUUCCCGGAAUUUUCCAACCGCCGGUGAUGAUGGAUACGAGUCAAGAAUUCACAGAAGAACAGCAAGUGGCUGUUCUAAUGAGUUUUAUCAAGGAUUCACCCUUGGCGUUGGCAAAAGACUUGAUUGAUAUUCUUGUGACAAAACUCAAUCCUGAGGAUUUUCCGGAGGAAACACAGGCGGCCCGAUUGAAGACAAGUGGCGAUCCGAAUUCAUCUGUUGGAGUUGUUGAGUUGGUGAUAAAACCGAAAGAUAAGAUCAAGAAUCCAGAAAGCAAAGAGGAAGAAAACAAGGGACCUCUUAAUAACAUUCCACUCUCGCAAAUGUCAAACAGCGAUAUCUGUUUGUCGUCGAGCUCGCUGGCUUCUUGGGACUACUCGUCGGACACUGAUUAUGAUGAAAUGAAUGAGUCAAUGAAAAAGCAUGCCGCGCGGGCUUCCACAAAAUCGAGCGAGCACGGAACGUCAACAUCGGAAGGCGUUCGUGCUGAUGACCGGGCAACGUCUCCUACAGUGAUGAGAGCGGUUUCUCGACUUAUUGCGGGGCUCAAUGCUCAACUUAUCGAUCGGCACAGAGAAGCCGAAGCUCGAGAACGGGGAAUACCAGUUAAUGAGGGAGAUAAUGCCGAGAGUAAUUCGGCCAGAUUGUUUUACAAGCGUCGUUUCAACGAAUUCAAGAAGUUUAUGAAGAUGCGUAAAUACAUUGACACUCAUCAUGACCGCCUCGAGAGAGCUUUCAAGAUGAUGAUGGACAACGCUGAUUACAGCAGACCGGAUCAUCUUGAAAAAAUGAAGUUUAGCUGCUUCGUUCUAUCAAAAGCCGCCGCACGAUAUCACUACGCAAUGAAAAGCGACGACAAGCAUUUUCGACGGCAAAUGCUACAAGCGUCGUGCGAAACUCUCUGCAUUGGCGAGAAAUUUGUCAAAUCUUUCUUCGGUCCCCAAAGAAGUGUUUCUGCUAAAUGA